AAUCACGUAUAAAAUUUCUAAUUUAUGUAGAAUGUAAAAUGAAUAAUUAAAAAUAUAAAUGGUACGUACUUUAUUAGACACUUGUUUCACAGAAUUUAAUGUAACUUAAAUGUGGUUUUUUUAAUAAUUUAAUGUUCAUUGGCAUAUAAUCGAUUCUUGUGGGUCAAUAAAAAUUUACCAUUGAAACAUUGAGUUGGUCGUAUUUGCUGUAAAAUGCAAGAAGAAGAAAACUUAUGGAAUUCCAUGUUGAUUUCAUUAAAAGAAAAGGGAGGGACCCGAUUACCUACCGACAAGUCUAUGAUCAUUAUAGGUGAUAAUCAGUGUGGUAAAACCACACUGGUAGCUAAGUUACAGGGUAUUGAUGAUCUAACAAAAGGGAUUGGACUAGAAUAUGCUUAUAUUGAUAUUCGUGAUGAAUACAAAGAAGAUCAUACAAAAUUGAAUGUAUGGGUACAAGAUGGCAAUCCGAAAUACUCAUUUCUUUUAAAAUUUGCCCUAUCAGAAAAAAAUUUUAAGAAUACAUUGAUUAUGUUUGUUGUUUCAAUGAAAACACCAUGGAAUAUAAUGGAUCAAUUAGAAAGUUGGGCUACUUUGUUACAAGACUACAUAGACAAUCUUCCAAUUCCUAGUGAAGAACUUCGAGAGUACCGUCAAAAAUGUAUAAAAAAGUGGAACGAAUAUACUGAAGAAAACGUUGGUGAUAAAAAUAAUUACUGGGAACCAUCUCUUGGAGAUGGAAUACUUACUAGAAAUCUAGGAUUAGAUAUAAUUGUUGUUGUUACAAUGACUGAUUAUAUUUCUGUUUUGGAAAAAGAAAAUGAUUACAAAGAUGAGCAUUUUGAUUUUAUACAACAAGCAGUACGCACAUUUUGUUUACAGUAUGGAGCAUCACUAUUUUAUACAUCAGCCAAAGAAGAUAAAAAUUGUGAUUUAUUAUACAAAUUUCUUACACAUAAGAUCUAUAACUUUCCAUUUAAGACGCCAGCUUUGAUUGUUGAAAAAGAUGCGAUUUUUAUCCCAGCAGGAUGGGAUAGCAUGAAAAAAAUUAGUAUUCUUCAUGAUAAUAUGCAAACUAUAAGACCUGAUGAAUUUUAUAAUUCUGUUAUAACAAAAGUGAAUACAAGAAAGGCUUUUGCCAAAGACCAUGAAACUCAAGCAGAAGAUGAACAAGUAUUUUUAAGCAAACAGCUAGGAUUAUUAAACCAAAGUGCCAAUCAACAAUCAGCUCUUGGUAUUCCAAGACAAGACUCGGUAAUGAGGUCACUUACAGGUGUGUCUAAGUCAGGCGAUAGACGAUUGUCAUUAACAAACCAAAGUCAAGGUUCUCCUACUAAAAAGAUUGAUCCAGUCAAAGCCACUAACACAUCAACUCCUGGUGAAGGUGUAUUGGCAAAUUUUUUCAAUUCCUUACUACACAAGAAGUCCAACCAAAGUCCUGUAAUGACAAAAUCGCCUGGUGAGUUAUCUGGUUCUAAAUCGUUAUCUUUGGAUAACACUGAAUAUCAUACGGACACUUCAGCCGAAUUGGAUAAGUUGGCUAAACGAACAUUGAACUUAUCACAUGAAACAUCUACUGAAACCAAUUCGUCUGAAAACGAUAUCGAAGAACAAACUUCAACUUCUUAUGGUGAAAAAUCAUCUUCAGAAUGUUAAUUCAGGGUUGACUAAUUAUUUUUCCUACUAUUGUGAUAAAUUAACCAGUAUUAACGUUUUGUGCAAUUUAAUUAUUAUUAACUUUUAGUGGAGCUA